AUAUCACUCCACCCAUGCCUUAUGCUUUUACUACUCAAAUUGUUAACAUACUACUCAAAUUAAACUUGUUUUGAGUUUAACCAAUUUGUUUUCCUUAAUUUUCUUGUUUUGCAAAAAAUAAUUUAUUAGAGGUCAAAAGUAGUUGGUGGUUGAGUUAGAGUAAUUUGAACUUUCUGGGUAAGUUAGUUCAUUUUAUCAUUUGAGGGUGGGGUGGUUUGGGAUUAGGAUAGUGGUAGAGAUAGUGUUAUUCCAAAGAGAAUGAUCAUUAUUGCAUACAAUGGUUGCCGACUACUGUGGAAGUAUCACUUGAAAACUAUUGUUAUGCACAAAAGCUUCUAUUUUUGGAUCUUCCAAAUCUUCAAUACAUAUGGGCAUGCCACUUAGCAUCAUAAAGUUUUGAGCUUUCUUGCUGGAAAAUUGUGGGUUUAUUUUUUUGGUUACUCUCUUGCUAUUAAGUUUUCAUAAACUUUGGUUGGUCUUUUUUGUUCUUUUAAUCAUAAUGGGAGGGGCAUCACUGCCACCUGGAUUUCGUUUCCACCCAACAGAUGAAGAAUUAUUGGGAUAUUACCUAAAAAGAAAAGUGGAAGGGCUUGAAAUUGAGCUUGAGGUUAUUCCUGUGAUUGAUUUGUGCAAGUUUGAUCCUUGGGAAUUGCCUGAGAAAUCAUUGUUGGCAAAUAGAGACAUGGAAUGGUUCUUCUUUUGUCCAAGGGACCGCAAGUACCCAAAUGGAUCAAGAACUAACAGAGCCACCAAAGCUGGUUAUUGGAAAGCCACUGGAAAAGACAAGAAAGUUGUGUGCCAAUUUGAUACUCCUUCCACUGUCACAGGAUAUAGAAAAACCCUUGUCUUCUACCGUGGCAGAGCCCCUUUAGGUGACAGAACUGAUUGGCUCAUGCAUGAGUAUCGCCUCGCCGAUGAUCUCGGCCUAUCAUCUACAUGUUUUCAGGGUGGUUAUGCCUUGUGUCGGGUUAUUAAGAAGAAUGAGAAGGUGAACAAUGAGAAUGACGCGUCAAUGAGAUUCUCCAAUGAGCCCUUCGCCAUUUCUGCUGAUGCUUCAUCCUCUCAACCAAGUUAUUUGAACAAUGAGAGUGUUUACUCAAGCCCCAAUGCUUCUCCACACAAUGUGGACUCUAACCAAGCUUCUAUAAACACCAGUUCUUCAUCAGAGUUUUGGGUGUCCCCUGAUCUGAUUCUUGAUUCUUCAAAGGACUACCCGCAACUACAAAAUACUUUUACAAGGUGUGACAUACCAAGUAGUACAAUGACACCAUGGCUCUCAUUGGAUCAACCUGAAAUUUCAUCUAGUUCAUCAUACUCAAAUUUUAAUGGGUAACUUCGAUUUUCCGAUGAUUUCAAUAUGAUUGGCGGCAUGUCACCUUACUCAAUACAAGAAGAUUUUAUGUACUUUCAUGGAAAUGAUGGGGAUGUUUCUUAUGGAAGUUAUGAUCAUAUUAAUUCAGUUGAGUAUCCUGAAUACUUCUGAAAACAAAGAAAUAUCAUUCUACAAGUUUUCUUGAUAUGCAAGGUGUCAAGACUGAAGUCGCUAGCAAUCGAAAUUUCAAGCACAAACAUAGUUUAGAUGUUAGCACCAAAGAGCGAGUUACGAUUUGGAAAGU